CUGUUCCCCGUGCAUUUAAAUAGUACAGAGUUGAUUGAAGCCGGAACCAAACUGCAAACUAUUCAGGGACCGUACCGGGAUAAAUUCUAGGCGCGCCACCGGAAACGGAUGUGCGCAAUUCGAGCACAACAGUCGAAGUUUGUGUUUCAGGAUGACCAAAGAAAAGCGACACAGGAGGAGAGAAUCUCCGGAGCGGGAGUCCAAAGAGAAGAUAAAGCAGGAGAAACUGAGCCCAGUUAGGCCACAGACAUCACGCCGCUCGCGGUCCAGAUCCAGCGGCACCUCAAGUCCACAGAGGAGGAGAACGAGCAGAUCACCGGCCAGGACGAGGGACCGCUCACCAGGCAGAAGGGAGACCUCUCCCGCCAGGCGAGGGAGCAGAUCGCCCAGGAACAGGAGAAGUCCCCAUCGUGGAGCUGAUGUCAGAAUAAAGCGGGAGCGAGAGGAGCAUCGGGGUAGUGGUGACGAGCGGAGGAGACGAAACGACCAGCCAGAGGAGAGGCGGAGCAGGUGGGAAUCAGACAGACCUCGGGAGAGAGACCGCGGCGGAGAACGACACAGAGAGCGAGACGCCCUCGCCUCCCAACAAGCUGAGAGGCAGCAGCACGAUGAACGGCGCCGGGAAAAUCGUCAGAGGCGCGAAGAAACCCAAGACCAGGAUUUCGGGCGGUCUGGCGGAGGGGCCAACGAAGACGCGUCCCCUCCUGUGGACAAGGAGAAACCCAACUUCGAACUGUCGGGGGCUCUGACAGAAGACACAAACACAUUCCGGGGGGUGGUGAUCAAGUACAACGAGCCGCCCGAGGCACGCAUUCCCAAGCGCAGAUGGCGACUGUACCCUUUCAAGAAUGACGAACCCCUUCCAGUCAUGUACAUUCACAGACAGAGCGCCUAUUUGUUGGGGCGGCAGAGAAAAAUCGCUGAUAUCCCCAUUGACCACCCAUCCUGCUCCAAGCAACAUGCAGUAUUCCAGUACAGACUGGUGGAGUUUACGCGCUCUGACGGCACCCCUGGACGCAGGGUAAGACCGUACAUCAUCGACCUGGGUUCCGGCAACGGCACCUACCUGAACAACAAGCGCAUCGACGCCCAGCGCUAUUAUGAGCUCAAAGAGAAAGAUGUGAUCAAGUUUGGCUUCAGCAGCCGUGAGUACGUCCUCCUGCACGAGUUCUCGGACACAACCGAGGUGGACGCCAAGCCCGAAGAAGGGGAAGAGGAAGAGGACGAGGGUCUCGAUGAGUAAAUCGAGGCCCAUAAACCGUAUUGCCCAAAUUCAUUCAGGUUAGAUUACAUCCUUAUCAUCAAUAUCUCUGCAGGGAGUGGAACGAUUUACAGAACGGGUCAGUGUGGGAUUUUCCUAAAAUAAUGGAACACGUCUGGUUUGUAUAUUCUGUAAUUACCGGACUAUUGCUUAAACCUGCCACAACUGUCUCAAAGAAGACCUCCUAUUCUCAGGUUGUUUGUGUAAUGUCUGUGUGAUGCAUGACUGAUCUCACAUCUGACGGUUUUUCAUAAUAAAACGUGCGCGGUGCCAGGCGGAUACCUCGCGUAAGUACAAUAGUUCAUUCUAUAUUUUUUAGAUCAUAGCACUGAGUACAAAGUCUAGCUGAGGGCUGAUCUCUUGUCAAUGUUCAGGCUAUAUGUAUGUCACUGUACAUGAUACGUGGAAUGUGAUCUCUUGAUCCAUGUUUAUUGAGUUAAACAUUACGUACAAGACGUAUUACUUGCAACAUUAUUGCCUUUUUUUGCUUUGUAGUGCAGGGAAAAAUAGUUGGUGCCGUCGUGCGUUUCCUUUGCACCAACGCUGUGUGUAUUUAGAGAUUUACCCCCUCUUAUUUUUAUCUGUUUUGAAGCCUGCAGCAUUCAUAGUGAAUUUCCAUUUAUGUACUGUAAAUAAAGACAGUGAAGAUUUGGA